ACUAUUCGUUACCGCAGUUCUGUCCCACGAGUGACAGUAGACCGAACGCUGUGAAUCCCCAGGCUUUGUAAACAUUUAAAUCGCUCUAAUAAUCACUAAAAACAAUUAUUUUAAACAAAUAAAAAUAUCAUACAAGUAGUAUCAUUUUAUUGCUUCCCUUUGUGUUGUAUAUUAGUGUUUUUUUUUGUUUUAUUUUAAUUUCGAAUCCCUGUGUGAUUAAUUCGUCAUAAUAAAGAAGUAUACAAACGAAAGAAAAAUAAAAUAAAAAGAAAACAGCAAGCGAAGACAUUUGUCCAUUGAGUGUAGAGCAUGACGAAGAAACAUACGUUGGUAUUGAAAUUACGAAGACAUCCAAGUCGCCCUUGGGGUAUUAGAAUUGCUGGGGGCGCAGAUUUAGGGACACCGAUCAUCGUCACCCGUUCUGAGAAUGAUGAUCUCCGGAAGGGUGACGUGAUAAAGAAAAUAGACGAUUACGAUGCUCGUGAUGUGAGGCACGUGGACGCCCAGAAUUUACUUCAAAACUCAGAGUCUGUAAGACUAGUCGUGGAAAGGUCUGAGCCGUUGUCAAAUCUGGCAUGCAAUCGAUACACUUCACAGUCAUCGAUUGUCGAGUCAAUCCACUCUUCUAACGAGGCUGCGUUCGUUAGCCUGCCUCAAGAAUCACAACCGAAAAUUUUGCCGAAAAGUCCAGUUCCUCCGGUAUUAUCACCUCCUCGUGAAUACAAAACUUACUCACCUGACCAUUUUGACCCACCUCGAGAACAUAUUGAAGAAGUUCGUGAAGAAAGAUUUUAUUUAUCUCAGCCAUACCGUACGACUCCUUUAGUCUUGCCAGGUGCCAAGAUAAAGAAGGAUGCUCCAUUAGGUGAAUGUUAUCUUCGUCAUCAUCCAAAUCCAAUGAUAAGAGCUGCUCCUCAUCAUUAUGAAGUUGCUCAUCCUGAGGUGGCGAUGAAACAAAAAGUGGCGGAAUCAGUUUUGCAGCGUGUCUUAGGACCGAAUGAAGUACCAAAGGUUGUCCAUAAGCAAUUCAAUUCACCGAUUGGACUGUACUCUGAACAAAAUAUCGCAGACACUAUUAAGUGUCAGACUACGGCCAUUCCUGCAAUGAAGCCAGUCAAGUAUGAUCCAAGCAAAAGCGAGGCAUAUAAAGCUCUUCAAGAAGAAGAAAUGGGAUAUGAUGUACAAGAGGUCAGUCAGCCACCUCGUUCUGGCGUUUUUGCACCUCAGAGAGCUCAUCAUCACAGACAAACACAUGCUCCGCCAAAAAGUCCUGCUUUGUCACACGGUGGAAUGUAUCGGCCCUUUCCUCUUCCUUUUGUAAAGGACCGCGUCAACGGCUACUAAAUUUAAUCAUCAAUUGCAAGUGGUUACGACGAUGAUGGCGAAAAAAUUCAUCAAAGCAACAGUUUUAAGAGAAUUAUGUACAGCGUGCUUGGAACAACGGAUUAUUAAAUUAUUAUUCAUCCAUUGAUGCAAAACCUGUCAUCUUAAAAUAUAUAUAAUAUGUUAUUUAACUUAAUAUCAUUUUGUUUAACGCAUAAAAAUAAUUACGUUAAUUGUAACAAAUAAUAAGAAUUUUAAAAAAACAUUAAUUUGAUUAUAUUAUAGAAUCAAUACUAAAUGCAUUACAUGUUUAUCAAAUAAAAAAUAUUUUUGAUGAAAAAUCUA